AUGCAAAAGGUCACCGGAAUGAAAUUUGUGGGUAAGGGAAACACACUAACAAAAAAUGUGCAUGUGUAUGUGCAUAAAAGAAAAUUAAAUAAAAGUAAUAUUUUUUCUAAUAAAUCGAAAGAAAACAGAUAUAAACAUGAUAAAAACGAUUUAAGAGACAAUAUAUAUUUUUUAAAUAAUAGAAUUAAUAACGAGCGAAAUAGUUCCACUAUUUAUAUAACAGCUAAUCCAUCAAUGAAUGGUUUUGGUAAAUAUAUUGGGAACUAUUCAAUACGUAGAUUUUCAAAAUAUUCUGACAAAAAUAUUUUCAAUGAACAGAAACGGAAAUGUGAGUCUUUAUUAUUUAAUUUUCAAAAUUUUGAAAUAAAAAAUUAUUUAUUAAAAUUAAAUAAAGGACGAUUAGAGAAUAGUAAUAUUCAAAAGAAAAUAAAAAGUAUAAUUAUAAAAUUUGAAGAAAAUUAUAAAAAUAUAUUAUAUGACAAAUAUUCAUUUUUUAAAAAUCUGUGUAAAGAAAAAAGCGAUUUUUAUAAAUAUAGAAUAAGCAAAAUAAAUCGUAACAAUUAUAAGAGCAAUUUAAAUUUUCCUAUAAAUUUUUUAAAUUUAUUUAUAAGUAAUAAUAAUAAAUCUUUAAAGGAGUUGGUAAAUGUUGCAAAAUUUAGAGGGAAAUUAUUUUUAAAUAAUAUUCCAACAUAUUAUAAAUAUGGAAUAAAAAACAUACCAUAUUUUAAAGCAGUAUUAAUGCAUCAUUAUAAUAAGUCCCCAGUUACUUAUAGUUUAAUAUUUUUACAUUUUUUUGUUUAUUUUUUAUGGAUAAAUGCUAAACCUGAAAAUAUGUCUUAUAGUUAUUUUAGCCCAGCCCCAACAAAAUCACAUUCUUUUCCAUUAUUAACAUCAGAAUUUAUGUAUAAAUAUUUUUGUUGUAGUUUGAAAAGUUUGAGAGAAAAACAAUUAUAUACUUUGGUAACUAACAUAAUAAGUCACAAUACUAUACAAUCUUUUUUACUAAAUACAAUUUCUUUAUUUUAUAUUGGACGUUCUUUAGAAAUUUUAAUAAAUUCAAAAAAUUUUUUUUUUACAUAUAUAGUUAGUGGAAUUAUUUCAUCUUAUAUACAAAUAUUAUAUCAAAAGAAUUCAAGUUAUGGUUAUAAAAACGUUUAUGUUCUUGGUGCUAGCGGGAGUAUAAGCUCUAUAUUAGCUACAUACACAUUUAUUCAUCCAAAUCAUAAAAUAUAUUUAUAUGGUGUUCUAGGCUUACCAUUAGCCCUUUUUUCUUCAUUUUACUUUUUAAACGAGCUAUACAGCAUUAUAGCAAACAAGAAUGAUAAUAUAGGGCACGCGUCACAUUUGACAGGAAUGUUCCUUGGAAUUCUUUACUAUUAUUCUUAUGUUAAUAAAAAGUUUCGAAUAUAA